AUGUUUGGCCUUUCGUCAGCGGAACGACAAUUUUUGAUUGAUGGAGUGGAGCUCAACGUUCGAAAUGACGGGCGCUCGCGGCUCGAUUUCCGACAUUUCACCAUCGAAACGGGCAUCAUCGCCACCGCAAACGGCUCCGCUCGUCUCAAACUGGACAACACCGACGUAAUGGUGGGCGUUCGGGUGGAUUUGGCCGAGCCCAAGCUUGAUCGACCCAAUGAAGGUGCUGAGGAUUUGGCGAUUUCCAUCACACAAGUUCUGGCCCGUUCCUAUAAGAACGCUUUGGAUUGGACGUCGCUCUGCGUCAUCCCGGGCAAGCUGGUGUGGGCCAUUUACGUUGAUGCUCUCGUUCUGGACUUCGAGGGCAACCCCUACGACGCUAUCUCGAUCGCUACUCGAGCAGCUCUGCACAAUACAAUGAUUCCACGAAUCACGCUGGAGGACGGAGAAGUCGAGGUAACGGACGACCCACAAGAUUGCACGCGACUAGACGUGUCGAAUGUGCCGGUCACCGUGACCCUCACCAAGAUUGGAACACGAUUCCUGGUCGAUGCUACUCUGGAGGAAGAGCAGUGCAUGGGCGUGCGGGUGAUCGUUGGCAUCUCCCCCAAAGGCCAUGUGUGUUCGAUGCAAAUGACCGGCCACGGUGCUGUCGAGCCGACUUCCCUUUAUGAGAUGAUCCAGACUUCCCAAAAGCUGGGCCGAGAGCUCAUCGAGGGCCUCGACAAGGCACUCGCCCAGGAGGCCAAGUCUGCGCUCCCCAAGACAAGCACCUCCGCUUACUUCAACUGA